UUUCACAUGACUUCACCUUCCCAAAUUAAUACACACUCGCACUCAAACACACACUUAGUCAAAACUUCAAACGUUAUAUUGCUUUGUAGUCAGUCAGUUGUCGUAUCAAACAAUCUAGGAAUUCAUUCAAGUUUCGUUUUCCACUAAUAUGUUGUUCGUUUUCUUGAUAUCUCCGUCAACUGCAAAUCGUGUCUGGACUUACAGGUGAAAUUCCAAAGGAAGUGUUAGAUUUUGGAAUGUGUAGUUAGCUUAUGUAAAAUAUAGAAUACCCAAGUUUGGAUUUUGAUUUUAGGUUGGAUAAUUUAGGGGAAUGUUAGGAAAGGAAGAUGGUAGUGAUGACGGUAAUGAAGGUACCAGUGGCGAUGGUGGGGUAAACCGGAAAAUGUAUUGGCGGUCGGCUUCUUGGACGUCCUCACGGAUGUCUUUGCCACCGCUAGUUCCGGAUAAUGAGAAAGAUUGUUUAGAUCCUAAUGGUGGGAAUAGUAGGCGGUUUCCUGCUCCGUUAACGCCCAGAUCGAAUAGUAAAGGUAGGUCGCUUUUGCCACCUCUUUCGAUUGCUAGAAGGAGCUUAGAUGAGUGGCCAAAAGCGGGCUCAGAUGAUGUUGGUGAGUGGCCGCUUCCUAGUACACCUAGUGGUGAAAGGUUGAAGCUUGAUUUGUCGACAAUACAAAGAAUCCCUGAUAAGAAUGCAACCCUUUGUAAACGAGAAAGAAUUGCAUUGUUUGAUAAGAAAUGCUCGAAGGUUGCUGAUCAUAUUUUCCUUGGUGGUGAUGCGGUGGCAAAAGAUAAGAAUAUUCUUAAACAACAUGGGAUCACACAUAUUCUUAACUGUGUUGGUUUUGUCUGCCCUGAGUAUUUUAAGGAGAACUUUGUUUAUCGAACUUUAUGGUUACAAGAUAGCCCUUCAGAAGAUAUCACAAGCAUAUUGUAUGACGUUUUUGAUUAUUUCGAAGAUGUUAGAGAACAAAAUGGGGUGGUUUUUGUUCAUUGUUGUCAAGGGGUGUCCCGUUCUACUUCAUUAGUUAUUGCCUAUAGGAUGUGGAGAGAAGGCCAAAGCUUUGAUGAUGCCUUUCAAUACGUCAAGAAAGCUCGGGGAAUCGCUGACCCAAAUAUGGGUUUCGCGUGCCAACUGUUACAAUGUCAAAAAAGGGUACAUGCCUUUCCUCUAAGCCCAAGUUCCUUACUUAGAUUAUACAGACUCGCACCCCACUCCCCUUAUGAUCCAUUACAUCUUGUUCCAAAAAUGUUGAACUCACCAUGUCCAACUGCAUUGGAUUCUAGAGGUGCAUUUAUUAUCCAUGUACCUUCAGCUAUCUACUUAUGGGUUGGUCAGCAAUGUGAAUCUCUAAUGGAACGAGAUGCAAGAGGAGCUGUUUGCCAGAUUGUGAGAUAUGAAAAGGUUAAUGGACCUAUAGUUGUGGUUAAAGAAGGCGAAGAGCCGUCUUACUUUUGGGAUUGCUUUUCAAAUUUUCUACCUUUAAUGGACGUUGUUGAGUCAUCUAAACUUUUACCAGGUAAAAGAAUGGUUGAUUCAUAUAAUGUCGACUUUGAGAUCUUUCAAAAAGCAAUUGUGGGUGGAUUUGUGCCGCCUUUUGCAUCAUCUGAAACCGAGCAAGAAACACACCUUCCUGCUAGGGAAAGUACUUGGAGUGUGUUGAGGCGAAAGUUUGCAUUCGGAAAUAUGAAGGAAUUUGUUUUGGCUUCUAAGUUAUCAAACUUAUCACUUUCAACCAAACUAUCCCCUCAUUCUAUAUCUAAAAGUUCAGAAUUCAUUGAUGUUAAUUUUACGUCUGACCCGUGUUCUCGAUCAAUAUGUUCACCAUCAAAAACAUCUACAGUUUCUAUUGCUGAACACAGAGAGGGUUCUUCCAAAUGUUUAAAUCUGCUGACGGUGAAUGAUGAUUCUCGGGACUGUGAACAAGUAAGUGUUGAUACGAAUGACAUUCAGAAGGCCCCAAAUCAACAGGCCGUGCCUCAAGAUUCUCCAUGUCUAAAAGAUUCAGAUGAUUGAAUUUAUUAGCGAUAUUCUUGAUCACAUGGACCUGUUAAAGGACACUCAUAUCAAGGUUGUGGCAACUGGCAAGACAAAGAAUAUUCUGAAUUACUUGGAACUGCUGGGUUUUCUCGGUCAUAAAGCUGAUCAGAAGUCCCACCGGCACCAUCUUUCAUACUUAUUAGUUAUGUGCUUUUGACGAUAGUCUAGUGAAUGAUGCUGGAGAAAACAUGAAGAUGGCGAGGACAUGCCCUUUUUUACAGUUGAUCGCAACAGUUUUCUACUUGGAAAUAUCUGAAGAAUAUCAUGACCAUUCCUUUUAGCAAGAUUUCAAGCCGUAGCUCCUUGUUUGCCCAUUGUUAUAGUGCAGACUUGCAGUUUAUUCGUUUUGGUGCACAAGAUUCAUAUGUUUUUGUUAUUAUUGAAAGGUAUUUUAGACAUUGGAUUCAUAGCCAGGAUUUUUUUUUCUUUGUAGAAUUUUCUACUUCCAGGCUCCAGUUGGCUUUUGUAUCUUAACCAUAGUAAAUGGGUCCCAUCGAUGGAAUUCAAUGUAUAUAGAUUGUAAGAAGAGUUCGAAAAUCUAAAUCAGGUUUAACAGAG